AACAGACAGUGGGCUGUUGCAUUAGGAAUAUCAUAAAACUCUAUUCUCUGAAACUUCGGUUGUGAUUGUGCUUUGUCAGUGGUGGUUUUGACUGUGCUUUUUGAAGAUCGGAGAACGGAAGGUAGAACUUUCUGUGGCUGUCUCUACUUAUUUGGAGUGGACUUCUGGGGGAGACUGGUUCUUUGGGAAACAUCCAUUUGGUGGUAGAAAUAAGGGGGGGGAAGUGUGGAAGAAAGUAUCUGUGCUAUGUUAACCGAGGUGUGUGAAUGUGUAGGCAGAGCUAGAUCCAGUGGAAUGGCACUUGUGACCACACAUCACAUUUGCAUGGUGUGUUUUUAUUUUCUUCCUUAUAGUUUCAGGAAGGUUUAUAGCGUGGUUGUGAAAUCUUACAUUAAUCUGAGCUACUCAAAGGGACUUCUUUUCUUGUAGUGGCAUAGUCUCCUUCUUUCUUUCUUCUUUUUUUUUUUCCCCAUGUAAAUGUGCUUGUAGAUCAUCAAGUAUUGAUAUUGUGUGUGCCGCCUAUCUUUGUGCAGACCUUUUCUCUGUGCUUCAAGGCAUGGAGUUAGUUGUGAGCAGUAAGCUGCCCGUGAUUUAGAGGUGAAUGGAGUGGUGGAUUCACAGUAUGUGUGUACAACACAAGUUAUUUCAUCAGCCUCUUUUGGAAGUUGUAGUGAGCCUUGUCCUGUAUUCAUGUAGUGAAAUGAAUUUAGGUGACAGGAUUUGGAUUCUUUUUUUGAUUGACACUUGCUUUUGGUGAAAGACUUAUCAGCAAAGAGGUAGCGCUGUGAAGGCUUCUCUGACUUGUGCAUAAGAAAUUCUUGGGAGGACCUUAGGUGUGUCAUCAUUUUUAUUGCCCAGACAUAAACAUGGCAAAGUCCAUACUGUUUUAGGGUAGGUUAGGAUGCAUCUAGAAACUGGUGUUGGCUGUGAGUUGCUGUUCAGUCAGCUCAAUAUUAACAGGUUGGCUUUUGAUCUUUGUAGAAUCGCUGACUAUCCUGAGUUGGAAAGGACCCAUAAGGAACACUGAAUCCAACUCCCAGCUCUGCACAGGACCACUGACCACCAUCCAAACCCUAUGUCUGAGAGCUGUGCCAAAGCACUCCAUGAACUCCAGUAUCUGUGGCCAUGCCCACUGCCCUGGGCAGCCUGUGCCAUGCCCAGCACCCUCUAGUGCAGAACCUGUCCCUAACUCCCACCUCUCCUGACACAGCUCCGUGCUGUGCCAUCUUUAUAAAAUAAUUUGUGAGUCAAUUGAAUUUGUAGUGUACCCCAGGUAGUGAUAGAACUUGCUAGCUUUCCCAGACCAGCAGCUGGUUUGGGGUGGAAUAUGACCCAUGGGCCACCUGAGGUGCCUCUGGUGCAAAUAGCCUCUACAGUUCUGGCAGAAGGAGCAUAUGAGUGUGUCUUCUGAAAGACUAUUGAGUUACGAUGCUGGUUGUUCAGAGGACAUGGCUUGCAAACAGUGCUAUGGAGAGGGCGUGACAAUAGUUUGCCAUCUACUGAUUAUUUACCGGGACAAGCAGAAUCAUAGUAUGUCCAGGUGAUGUGUGUUGAUCAUGUGUCUCUAGCCCUGGUGUUUUGGUAGUUACCUGGUGUAUUUUCUGCUCUCACUUAAGAAGUGCAGAAGAAAUAGGCAGGGGAACAAUGUAUGAACGUUUGAACAACCAGCUGAAGCCUAUCCAUGCCUGCCUGCUUUAUGCCAACACCAGUGAGAGUGUGGCCACCUGGUUGGCUGAAGCAGGAAGGCUGUCUGCUGAAAAUUAAUCCAGUCUUUUCUAGAGUUAGUUUUCAGCUGGAUCACAAGUGCAAAUGGUGGCUGGAAGGGAUAGACUUGGAUAUUCUUAGACUGAUAGAAGUUAUUUCCUUGGCAGCAGCACGUGCUUGGCCUACUGAAGGUAGGGCAGUGUUUUGACAAGCCUAUCUUUUGACAAGAAUGCAUCUGGGUCCAGUACUGGUUGUAUUACAGAUGUGUGCUUUGUCCUGGGAAAGGGUGAGAACAGCUUUUGCUGAGAGAUAGGAGCAAUUUCAAGUGUAGUUAAAAGUCCCUGAUAAGGGCUGUAUCUAGAAGUAUGGACUGAUCUGAGGUAUUGAGAGUGUUCUGUGUCCCCACCUCAGUUGUCGUGGGGAGAUGUGUGUAGUGUUGGAAUACUCAUAUCGACUUGCCUGUUUGCUUACACAUGAUCUUAAAGGAGCGUGACAGCUGAAUAAAAGCACUGAAUAACACUUCCUGCGUCCUCCUUGUUUCCUAGUUGCACUCUUAUCAGUGAGGUGUAUAAUCAGAUACUCUGUUAAACAGCAGCUUAUUAAAAAAAAGUAACGUGCAGUUCAGUUGCAAGCGUGCAGGAAAGGCAGAUGUUAACCAACUGUUAAGGUGUACAUGUGUGUGAAAACCAGCAAUAAGUCUGGGCUCACCUUCUGUCAGCGUAGGUGUUGUCCCACUUAAGUGGUUAAAUGAGGAUGGGGGAAAUAGGAUGUGCCCUUCCCAGCCAAAUUGUGCGAAAGGAGCUGGUGCGUUCAUUCAUUGCCUUAGCCCAUCUCUCCAGUCACAUGGGGAACCCAGUGGUGGAUGCACGCAUUUCUUCCUGGUGGCAGCAGCUCAGACUGCUGCUGAUGCCACUGCUCUCGGUCCCUCCCGAGGCUACAGCUCUUUGCAGAGCAGUCUCUUAACUCCAGCUGCUCUCUCAUCUCUUUCCUGCUUCACUACCCCAGUUACAAUUCAGGGUGCUGGCUCAGCUUGCAUUCAAAGUCAUCGCUUGUUUUCAAUAGCAGCAGGCUUCUAGCCUUUUUCUUUUUCCAUGCUGGUUUUGGGCUUUUGCCACCCUUGGUCCAGCACAGAUUGACAGCCUCAGAAAGGCAGUGUGGGGAAAAAAAGAGCUGCACUCUUUCUUGUACGCUAAAAGGUUUCUUGCCUUUAAUGCUUCGUGUCACAGUAAGGCCAUAAGUUUGAUACUUUCAUCUACUUGGUAUGCCUUUAUUUCAUCUCCACAUUCUCCUCCUCAAAGAGGGAGAAAAGACUGAAGUGAAUCAGCGAUAGCUACAGCUGUUCCUGCUGAAGCAGCCACAAUGCUGUACACCUCCAAGUACCUGGCCACUUGUUGCUGUCAAGCAAUGCAAGCCCUGCUUCUGCAGUCUGAGGGCACAAAGAGGGAGCAAGCUACUUUGUGUGGUUUGUUUUUUCUUCUUUUAACUUCUGUUUGCAUCUCAGUAAUAUGGUGGUUAGUUCACAGAAGAUGGUUCAUGAGUAAGUUACUGUUAGGUAAGAUGAGUAUCUAUGUCUUGUUAGUUACUCAGUAGUGGCUGCUUGUGUGCAUGCUCUCACCUUAUUGCUGAGAAGCAAGUUGUCUUACACCGGCCGUGGGCUAAGACUGUGCUGGUGAGCAGCAAAGGGAAGUAAACUAGAAGGUGGCGUUACCUUGCAAUAACCUUCUAUUUUAUACCUCAUAAUGCCAAGUUGAACUUGAAUGUUUCAAGCAACAGAGCUCCAGCCGUUUCUUCUGAUAGAUUCUGUCCACCGUGAUGCGUGCUGGUGUUUGUGCUUUCUCUUUUAAGGGAAAGGGUGAAUUUGUUGCUGUGGUGACAGCAGUGUGUCAGUAUAGGCACUGACAUGGCACUGCCAGCAUUGUUGUCUUGGGUGGGGAAAGGGAAGAAGCGAUAGGAGGAGGUAAUUGGAGUCAGGGAUCAUUGUGCUGCUGUAGUACGUUUUGCUGGAUGAGGCAGCUUGUUGCAAUAGGUAUUUGUUUCAGUUUCUGUCUGCAGGUGUGACUUAGCUAGAUAAGGAUGGUCUAUCACGUUGAUGAUUUCAUUGUUUGAUUUGGCUGGAUUGAGUGGAGAAUGUAGCUCCAUUGUUUGGGACCAGCAUUGUAGUUUGGUUUUGUUGAAGUGUAUUACACGGCAAGGUAUUGCCUCAUUAUUAAGGUGAAGCUGCAGUAGAUAACAGUUGGAGAACGUUGGAGGGAAGGGGACAUGCAGAGUGUUUCACAGUGCACACUGAGCCUCACAGCAGCUCCUGUGCUCCCGUUGGAGGGAUCUGGUCAGCAGAAGAGACUGAGGUAGCACAGAAAAAACACUGGUAGCUCUUUUGGCGUGCAGUCACACUAAAUGCAAGGCUAUCUGCUGGUGUAAGCACGGGGUGCUCAGAGAGACUGUGUUGGCUCUGACAGUUCGGAUGCUGUCUGGCUUCAUACUGCUCCUGCAGCCUCUCUUGUUUUCAGAGUGGUUGAAGGAGAAGAAGCUGGCAGGUAGCUAGCUGAUCUUUCUUUACUGACCUCAAAUUUACUAUUGAGUUGCUCCUCAAAGUCUGUUUCCCUGUGUCAAUAUGUUUUCAGGCACUUGUGUUUUCUUUGAGAUGUGGCUGAGCAUUACUGUUGGAGGGUUGUCUCCAGUACUGAAAGUGUGGCUCUUAGCCUAUGAACUCCUUUGACCUACAACCGUAGUGCAAAAGGUCCUUUCUGCACUUCUCACAAGCAAACUUCAGGGCUGUCUUACACAGAAAGGUUUUGGCGUGAGUUCCCUUCUCCCCGGAGCAUAGCACAGUGACAUGGAAUAAGGGCUGGUAGAACAGCAGGUUGUGCAUCUUCCUUCUAAAACCUGCCUGGUUCUCCCCUAGAUGUGGUGGAGCCGUUAGCUGGCUUUACCUGAUACUUCAUGUUUUUAUUUAUGGCUUUUGUGGAUGUGGAGGAGGUUUUGUAUGGAGCAUAGAGGUUUGGCUGGACUCGCAGUGAGGGGAAAGUAAGCUUUUGAAGAGGAAUGGGUGCAGAGAAAGGGGAGGUUGCUCAUAUGAGCCUUGUGCCAGCUUCUCAGAGCACAGAUGAGCUCAUGGGAAUCCAGCAAGCUUAAAUGUGGGAGUGUUGAAGCAGGUCUGAGCUACCUCCCCUCUUCACAUCCUUGUGCCACAGGCUUCUUCAGAUGGUUCUAGUCUGACGAUGGCGUUUUUGCUUCUGAUGAAUGUUGCCAGCCUAGGCAAAGGCUCUCCCCAUCAGUGAUUGAGAGCAAGUUUUGAUUCGUCUGCUUCUGGAGCUAGGUGCAGGGAAGGAAGGGGUGGCAGCUGGCUGGGCUGCGUGUUCUUGUUGCUGUGUUGCUGAACUCUGCCUCUCUCCUUGUUUUCAGGUGAUCAUUGCUUGUGAGAGGAGUGGUUUGCACCUCAUGGCCUCCACAAUGAGUACUGCUGUGUCGUGACGCCAGGGGUCUUGUGUGCCCUGGAGAUGCGAGACUUCCCCUGGGCAGCAGGAGGCACGCGUCUAGAGAAUGCUGGAGCUGCAGGAGGGAAGCACCCCGUGCAAAACCAGAGAGGAGCAAAGAGAAAAAAGGCAAGCAGACAGACAGCACUGAGAGAAGCGGGUGGCAGAAAGUGCUACAGAGCUGCCUCUGGCGGCACAGUCCCCAGAGGAACUUGACGAGAGCCCAUCUGCGUGCGUGUGAGACAGCUCAGGAUUUCUGUCAAUGCAUUCCAGUAACCCCAAAGUGAGGAACUCCCCGUCAGGCAACACACAGAGUAGCCCCAAAUCAAAGCAGGAGGUGAUGGUCCGUCCCCCUACAGUGAUGUCCCCAUCUGGCAACCCCCAGCUGGAUUCCAAGUUUUCCAACCAGGGCAAACAAGGGGGCUCGACCAGUCAAUCCCAGCCCUCUCCCUGUGACCCCAAAAGUGGAGGUCAUCCCCCGAAAGUGCUCCCUGGCCCAGGUGGGAGCAUGGGGCUGAAGAAUGGGGCUGGAAAUGGUGCCAAGGGGAAGGGAAAGAGAGAGAGAAGCAUUUCAGCAGACUCCUUUGAACAGAGGGAAGCUGGGACUCCUAAUGACGACCCUGAAAUCAAAGACUGCAAUUCUGCUGAUCAUGUGAAGUCCCAGGAUUCUCAGCACACACCGCACUCCAUGACUCCUUCAAAUGCUUCAGCCCCAAGGUCUUCCACACCUUCCCAUGGCCUGACUGCUGCUUUGGAACCAGCAAGUGGGCAGAAGACUCCAUCCAAAGUGGUUUAUGUCUUUUCUACUGAGAUGGCCAACAAGGCUGCAGAAGCCGUGCUGAAGGGACAGGUGGAAACCAUUGUGUCCUUUCAUAUCCAAAACAUCUCAAACAGCAAGGUGGAACGAAACACUGUACCCUUGAACCCCCAGAUCAAUGCACUUCGGACUGAACCCAAACCCCUGCCGCAGCCACAGCCCCCUACUGCCCAGGACCAGAACCCUCCUCAGAACGCCAAAAUGCAGCCGACUGCACCUGUGUCAGCACCAGUAUCCAAAUCCACUGGUCCCCCGUGUCCCAUAGACCAGGACAGUCCCAGUGUGGAAAGCAAAGUGAUGUCUGUGGGCAGCCCUGCCAACUCGACCCCGCUGCAGACAGAAGGAUUUGGGCAGAGUUCAACCCCCAAUAAUCGAGCAGUUAGCCCCGUUUCCCAAGGUAGCAAUAGCUCUGCUGCAGACCCCAAAGGUCCUCCCCAGCAGGUGUCUGGUGGGGACCCAUCCAGUUUGGGUGAGAAUCCAGAUGGACUGUCGCAGGAGCAGCUGGAACAUCGAGAGCGCUCAUUGCAGACCCUGAGAGACAUACAGCGCAUGCUCUUCCCUGAUGAGAAGGAGUUUGCUGGAGGGCAAAGCGGAGGGCCACCUGCAAAUUCUGGGGUGAUGGAUGGGCCCCAAAAGAAACCUGAAGGGCCAAUACAGGCCAUGAUGGCACAAUCCCAAAGUUUAGGCAAAGGGUCAGGGUCUCGGACAGAUGGAGGGGCUCCGUUUGGCCCUCAAGGACACAGGGACAUGCCCUUUUCCCCAGAUGAAAUGGGGCCACCACCAAUGAACUCCCAGUCGGGACCUAUAGGCCCAGACCACCUGGACCACAUGACUCCUGAGCAGGUGGCCUGGCUCAAGCUGCAGCAGGAGUUCUACGAGGAGAAGAGAAGGAAACAAGAGCAGGUUGUUGUGCAGCAGUGUUCCCUGCAGGACAUGAUGGUCCAUCAGCACGGGCCUCGUGGGGUUGUCCGAGGCCCCCCUCCUCCCUACCAGAUGACCCCCGGGGAAGGCUGGGGACCUGGGGGUCCAGAGCCCUUCCCUGAAGGCAUGAACAUGUCACACUCUCUGCCCCCCAGGGGUAUGGCCCCUCAUCCUAAUAUGCCUGGGAGCCAGAUGCGCCUGCCUGGUUUUGCAGGAAUGAUGAACCCUGACAUGGAGGGCCCCAGUGUCCCAAAUCCUGCCUCUCGGCCGGGGCUUUCAGGAGUCAAUUGGCCAGACGAUGUGCCAAAAAUCCCAGAUGGCCGAAACUUCCCUCCUGGCCAGGGUGUCUUCAGUGGCCCUGGCCGAGGGGAGCGGUUCCCCAACCCGCAGGGCCUGCCGGAAGAGAUCUAUCAGCAGCAGCUGGCUGAGAAACAGAUGGGCCUCCCUCCUGGCCUCAACAUGGAAGGCAUCAGGCCUGGCAUGGAGAUCAACAGAAUGAUCGCCUCCCAGAGACACAUGGAGCCUGGGAAUAACCCCAUCUUCCCUCGCAUGCCAGUGGAAGGGCCGAUGAGCCCCUCCAGGGGGGACUUCCCAAAAGGAAUGCCCCCCCAAAUGGGCUCUGGCAGGGAGCUGGAGUUUGGGAUGGGCCCUGGUGGCAUGAAGGGGGACAUGGGCAUGAAUGUCAGCAUGGGCUCCAACCCACCCCUGGUACCUCAGAAGUUGAGGGAGGCAGGAGUUGGACCGGAAGAGAUGAUGAAACUGCGACCGGGUGUCUCGGAGAUGCUCUCCUCUCAGCAGAAGAUGGUGCCGCUGCCGUUUGGGGAGCACCCGCAGCAGGAGUAUGGCAUGGGUCCCAGGCCUUUCCUUCCCAUGUCUCAGGGCCCGGCAGUUGGUCUCCGAAACCUCAGAGAACAGAUAGGGCCUGACCAAAGGACUAACAACCGGCUCAGCCACAUGCCGCCACUACCUCUCAAUCCCACCAGUAACCCUAAUAGCCUCAACACUGCUCCCCCUGCGCAGCGCAGCCUGGGCCGCAAGCCCUUGGAUAUCUCCGCAGCCGGUCAGGUGCAUUCUCCAGGAAUCAAUCCUCUGAAGUCUCCCACCAUGCGCCAGGUCCAGUCUCCCAUGAUGGGGUCUCCCUCGGGGAACCUCAAGUCUCCUCAGACGCCCUCCCAGCUGGCAGGAAUGCUCGCAGGCCCCACCGCCGCAGCUGCCGCUGCUUCCAUCAAGUCCCCCCCGGUCUUGGGGUCUGCUGCUGCUUCUCCUGUCCACCUCAAGUCCCCGUCUCUCCCUGCACCUUCUCCAGGAUGGACUUCGUCUCCGAAGCCUCCUUUGCAGAGCCCUGGCAUCCCCCCGAAUCACAAGGCGUCUCUCACCAUGUCUUCUCCAGCCAUGCUGGGGAACGUGGAGUCAGGUGGUCCACCUCCUUCCACCGUCAGCCAGCCUGCUCCUGUGACUCUCCCUGGAAAUCUUCCCUCUAGCAGUCCUUACACAAUGCCUCCAGAGCCGACCCUCUCCCAAAAUCCUCUCUCCAUUAUGAUGUCCAGGAUGUCCAAAUUUGCCAUGCCCAGCUCAACACCGCUCUAUCACGAUGCCAUCAAAACUGUGGCCAGUUCAGAUGAUGACUCCCCUCCUGCACGCUCCCCAAACUUGCCUCCUAUGAACAGUGUACCAGGAAUGGGCAUUAAUUCUCAGAAUCCUCGAAUUUCAGGUCCAAACCCAGUGGGUCCAAUGCCAACCCUUAGCCCCAUGGGAAUGACCCAGCCUCUUUCCCAUAACAACCAGAUGCCCUCUCCAAAUGCUAUGGGACCCAAUAUACCUCCUCAUGGGGUCCCCGUGGGACCCGGCUUGAUGUCACACAACCCGAUGAUGGGGCACGGUUCCCAAGAGUCUCCAAUGGUACCUCAAGGACGCCUGGGCUUCCCACAGGGGUUCCCUCCUGUACAGUCUCCUCCACAGCAGGUGCCGUUCCCACACAACGGGCCCAGCGGUGGACAAGGCAACUUCCCAGCGGGAAUGGGUUUCCAUGGAGAAGGACCUCUGGGGCGUCCCACCAACCUGCCCCAAAGUUCGACAGAUCCAGCACUUUGCAAGACUGGAGGCCCUGGUGGUCCAGACUCCUUCACUGUUCUCGGAAACAAUAUGCCUUCGGUUUUCACUGACCCAGAGCUGCAGGAGGUGAUCCGUCCUGGAGCCACGGGAAUACCUGAGUUUGACCUGUCCCGGAUUAUCCCAUCGGAGAAGCCCAGCCAGACGCUACAGUAUUUCCCUCGCGGAGAGGUGCCAGGCCGCAAGCAACCGCAGGGCCCCGGGCCCGGGUUCUCCCACAUGCAGGGAAUGAUUGGAGAGCAGACCCCGCGGAUGGGACUAACGUUGCCUGGCAUGGGGGGCCCCGGGCCAGUGGGAACUCCGGAUAUCCCCCUUGGGACGGCUCCGUCCAUGCCGGGUCACAACCCGAUGAGGCCGCCGGCCUUUCUGCAGCAAGGCAUGAUGGGGCCGCACCAUCGCAUGAUGUCACCAGCACAAACAGCAAUGCCUGGCCAGCCUGCGCUAAUGAGCAACCCUGUGGCUGCCGUGGGCAUGAUCCCAGGCAAGGACCGAGCCCCCGCCGGGCUGUACAGCCACCCGGGCCCUGUGGGGUCACCUGGGAUGAUGAUGUCAAUGCAGGGCAUGAUGGGACCCCAGCAAAACAUCAUGAUUCCCCCCCAGAUGAGGCCCCGAGGUAUGGCUGCUGAUGUUGGCAUGGGAGGAUUUAGCCAAGGCCCUGGAAACCCAGGGAACAUGAUGUUUUAAGCUGCUACCGUAAGACUGGAUGUUCCGAUCCUUGUCAAGAUGAGAUUCCAAGUCCUGAGGGCUUUUUUGGGAGCUUCAGGAGUACAGUUUGGCCAUGCAAUAGGUGAAAAGAGACCAGAGAACACUUUGGGAAAUCUCGAAUGUAUGGAAUUACCUGAAAAAAAAUUAUUCAUUUUAACAGGUUGUUUUUUUUGUUUUUUUUGUUUUUUUUUUAAGAUUUAUUUUUUAAAAAUUAUUUUUGUGGACUUGGGUAUCCCGUGAUGGCACCUGCUUUGAGAAUCUGUAGCUGUAUUUUGAGAAUUGCCAUUUGUCACAAGUUGCACCAUUCUCUGUAUGUUUACGUCCUUUGGACUGGCUUCUCCCAGGACUCUCAGUUAUUUUGUUAUUUUUUUUUUUUUUUGUGUACUGUACUAUAUUGUAAAAGGGAUUUUAGCAGAGACUUUAGUCUUUGGGGUGAGAGGAGAAUGGGAUUCUAGGCUGUUUACUUUAGGUGGAGAAUCCAUCUUCAGAACUUCGGACUAUUUUCCUUCAACUCCAAUGUAUAGAAAAACCAAACUACGACCUCAGAGCAGAGUAUUAAUGAAAAGCACAAAAAGGAACUUAAGUUCAGUGAGGGGAAUCUUUUAAAAGAAAUAAAUAAUAAGUUAAGGACAUAUUUUUCAAAUUAUGGCGUGCUGUCCAGCACCUUCUGUCUCUCCCUCCCACUCUUUAUUAAAUAGGCUUCUCUCUCUCUCCGUCCCCCUUCUAUCUCCUCCUAUGGCAGCUGCAAUACAUUGUGUUAUUUUGGGGGGUAAAUCUAGGUGCGCCUCUCCUCACGUGGGGACUCUUCCCACUUCUAGGAAGGGGCUGGACUUGGACACUGUUACAUUCUACAGUAGUCUCUCUCACUGUUUCCUAUUCUCCUUUUCUUAGAAACCCCAAGUGAUUUUAUUAAUGUGGGAGUGGAACAGACACUAAAAGUUAUCCAGAAUUUUUUUUGUGGUUAUUUUUUUUUUUUUUUUUCCUCCCCAGCGUAAAACGUUCUGUGUAACCUCCAUUAAAUUUGGUACAAAACCACUCGCCAGGGCUGUGGUGUCAGAAAAAUAAAAUAUAUUGUUUCUUACAAA